UCCUUAAGCACUCGCGAUUCUCUUAGAACUAAUUAUCUACUGGAUACCAAAAAAAGUGUUUUAAGAACGUUCUCCAAUCCGGUUAGAAUGACCAUUUAUAUAUAUUGAUUACGAGAUAACGAACUAUAACAUUCACAAAACCUAACGUACAGUUCUUCCUUUCUCAAGUUUCAUGCCGUACCUAUUCGUUUUAACAGAGUGUUACUAAGUAUAUGUAUUGACCUGAUUUAAUUAUGGCAUGCCCCAUUUAGUCGAAUUUAAAUAUGCUUGUAAGGGAAAUACAAACUAUACGUUGAUCAAUUAGAUUAAUACUAUAUGGCUUCUUCGGCACUAGUCGCUUAAUAACUUGACGCGAAAGGACGUCCACGUUUGUUCCGUUUGUGCAUAUAGUAUAUUAUAUUUAUAGUGAAGUAAUAACAAGGAUGACGAAACAUUCUAAGUCUGGAUCGGAAAACCAAUCUCAAGAUAAAAUUACGAACCCCGAAACAAGUGGAGACGCAAUUGACUUAGAUGACUUGUUGCCGAAAAUUGGCGAGUUUGGUCUUUACCAGAAGUUGCUACUGUGGCUGGUAUGCUUGCCGGCGUGCCUGCCGUGCGGGUUCUGCGCCUUCAACCAACUGUUCAUGACAGACGUGCCGGACCACUGGUGCACCGUUCCCGAACUACAGAACAUCUCGGAAACAUAUCGAAAAACAUUGUCAAUACCAAAAAAGGCAGACAAUAUCACAUACGAAAAAUGUAUGCGAUAUUCCGUUAACUGGCCAAAAAUUAUAGAAUCUGGAAAUACUCUAGAACCCAACCGUAGUUGGCCCACAGAACCAUGUUUAGAUGGCUAUGAGUAUGAUACAUCAGAGGUGAUAUCUUCUAUUGUUAUAGAUUUCAACCUCGUUUGCGAGUACGACGUUUAUCCAACACUCGGCCUAGUCGCCUUAAACGUGGGAGGGCCGAUUGGCGUAUACGGUUUUGGGUUACUGAAUGACCGAAUCGGACGGAAGAAGUCUUUCUUUACCUGCCUGACCACCCUGCUCGUUGGAAGCAUCACCACUGCUUAUGCUCACGACUACUGGGUGUGGGUGUUGGCACGAGUUAUAGUGGGCUUGACUAUUCCCGCAGUAUACCAAAUACCGUUUAUUAUAUCUCUCGAAUUAGCCGGUCCCAACUAUAGGUCAUUUGUGACUGUCAUGACCUGCAUAUUCUACACUUUGGGGCUGAUUCUUCUAUCCGGAGUAACAUACUUUCUACGAGACUGGCGCUCACUCGCCCUGGCUACCUCAGUUCCCUUUCUAUUUUAUUACUUGUACUGGUUUGUGUUACCAGAGUCUCCUAGAUGGUUACUGAUGAGAGAACGGUUUGAAGAAGCGAAUGAUAUACUUAAAUCAAUAGCCAGAGUUAAUGGAAAACAAAUGCCUGUAGAGUAUACCGAGAGACUACAAAAACAAGUGCUGGAGCAAAAAGAAAUGGGGAAGAAGGAAGUUAAAGUAGCAAGCGUAUUUGCUCUAUGUCGGACGCCUAACAUGCGACUAAAAACAUUGUUGAUCACAUUAAACUGGUGUGCUUCGGAGAUGGUAUAUGUUGGUUUAAGUUACUAUGGACCGGCUAUCGGCAGCAACCAGUACAUGAGCUUCUUUUUAUCUUCGGCUGUGGAGAUACCGAGCUAUUUGGUUUGCUGGGUUCUCAUGGAUAGGAUCGGUCGGAGAUGGCCUCUCUGUUUAUCCAUGGUCAUAAGUGGAUUCUUUUGUAUAGCUACAGUGUUAUUGCGAAAUGAUGCUCAAACGGCAACCUUGAUCCUGUACUUAAUAUCCAAGUGUUUUAUAUCCGCCUCCUUCCUGAUAAUAUACCCGUACGCCGGCGAGCUGUACCCGACCGAGCUUCGCGGCGUGGGCAUUGGCACCUCUGCCUACAUAGGCGGCUUGGGACUCAUUGUCAUACCUUUUAUAAAUUACUUGGGUUCGAGUAAUCUCGUGUUGCCCCUAGUAGUGAUGGGAGCGCUAUCGGUGGUGGGAGGUUUGACGGCCCUGCGCCUGCCGGAGACACUCAACACCCCACUACCUCAAACCGCCGAAGAAGGUGAAGAAUUUGGUAAAGAUUGGAGCUACAAGGACUGUAUGGUCUGUGGUGAGCAAAGGACUGUGGCUGGAUCGGAAUCUUAUGAAAACCUCGACCAAAUGGAACUAACCCAAGCACCAUUAAUGGAAGACCAGGACCAAGUGUCCGAACUCCUGUCUCGGAGACGGAGCUCCAUGCGCAAACUAACAAGGCAAAACAGCAUUUUAGAAACGCAGAGAGACAUUGAUGGAAACAUGAGAAUGACAUAUUGGUUUUAAAUUAAAACAACGGAGGACACGCUUAAAUGCUCAAAACUUUUUUUUAUUUAAAUGUACCAGUGCGUACUACUGAGUCUACAUAUAGUAUAAAUGUGCCGAGUCGAAUCAAAGUCAUAGUAGAGUGGAGAUGUAGGCCUCGAAUUCGUAGUAGAAUUCGUGUACUCGUAUAAGCAAAUUCUGGCAUAGUUGUAGAUAAAGGUACCUUACAUAACAUAUUGAAAUUACUGAUGGAUGGGGGUGGCGCUAACAGGU